CCGCGCCUCCCCGCGCCCCGCCCCGGCGCGGCUCCCGGCGGGGACGGCGUCGGUGGAGGACUGUGAUGAUCAGCUGAGCCCUCGCCUGGAGCUCCUCCGGCUGCCCCGGCCGCCUCUUCUUCCUCUUCCUCCUCCUCUUCGUCGUCGCGGUGCCCGCAGAGCGCCCCGCACCGCCGCGUCCCGUCGCCCGCCCGCCCGUCCGCCCGCAGCAUGUCCAAACCCAGCGACCACAUCAAGCGCCCCAUGAACGCCUUCAUGGUGUGGUCCCGCGGCCAGCGGCGCAAGAUGGCCCAGGAGAACCCCAAAAUGCACAACUCGGAAAUCAGCAAGCGGCUGGGAGCGGAGUGGAAGCUGCUCUCCGAGGCGGAGAAGCGGCCCUACAUCGACGAGGCCAAGCGGCUGCGGGCGCAGCACAUGAAGGAACACCCCGACUACAAGUACCGGCCCCGGCGCAAGCCCAAGAACCUGCUCAAAAAGGACAGGUAUGUCUUCCCUUUGCCUUACCUGGGGGAAACCGAUCCCUUAAAGGCCGCCGGGCUUCCCGUGGGGGCCACUGACUCGCUGCUGAGCUCCCCGGAGAAGGCCAGGGCUUUCCUGCCCCCCACCUCAGCACCUUACUCCUUACUUGACCCCAGCCAGUUCAGCUCCAGCGCCAUUCAGAAGAUGACCGAGGUUCCUCACACCUUGGCCACCGGCACCCUGCCCUACGCCUCCACCUUGGGAUACCAGAACGGGGCGUUCGGCAGCCUGAGCUGCCCCAGCCAACACACCCACACCCACCCCUCACCGACCAACCCUGGCUACGUGGUGCCGUGUAACUGUACCGCAUGGUCGGCCUCCAGUUUGCAGCCUCCGGUUGCCUACAUAUUAUUCCCGGGCAUGACCAAGACUGGCAUAGACCCCUAUUCUUCAGCACACGCGACUGCUAUGUAACACCCGCCCACAACCCCACGGGCGGCCCCCACCCAGGGGAGCCGGCCGGAUUGGGAUUCCUCCGUGUGCAUGUACAUAACCCCGCCGGAGCCUCCCGAAGCCAGGACUCUGCAGCCCGGACAGCCGCGGAUGCGCCCCGGGGGACGAGGAGAUGCUGAGAGCUGUCACCGGGCCCCGAGGUGGGGGGUGGGUGGGAGGGGGAGAACCUGCAGCAGCGGGGGGCGGAUAGGAUCCAGGCACCGGGCCGAGUUGUAAAUGUGUUUUAAAACAAAACAGAAAAACAAACAAACAAACAAAACCAAUAAGAAAUGAAAAAGAAAGAAACAAAUAACUCCGAAAAUCCGGGAGAAAAAAAAAAAAAAAAGAAAAAAAAAGGAAAGCAAAGAAGAGCGAAGCUCGAACUGCCCCUCUGGGACAAAGGGGGGGGGAGGGGGGGGAAGGAGAGAGGCGGUGAUUUUAAUUUAUUCCCUGAACGUCUCUGAGUUCUCCAUGGUCUCACGGCACUUGGAUGUGACUUUGGGAUGUCUCGGUCCUGUUCUGUUGUUGGGGCUUUUUUAAGGGGUGGGGUGGGGGGGAUUUUUUUCCUUUUGCACAUUGAAAGACGAGAGCGGCUGUGUUAUAUAUAUAAAUCUCUAUAUAUUUUGCCACCACGCUUUAGUCGGGAAAGAAAGCAAAUUGCUUUUUCGUGUCUCUUCAAAGUUCAAAACGGAAAGAAAAAGCAAAACGGAGGGAGAGAAGCAUUUCUAUUUCUAACAUAUGAUAGUGUUUGCUUCAUUUCUAACAGCUAGUCCUUCAAUUUGUGUGAUCCAGUGAGAUUAGAUCUAAGUUUACUUUAGGCAGAGCGUCAGGUCUGAAGUCAGGCGGUAGAAUUGUACAAAACAAAUGAACGAUGCUGAUACUAAUACUACUAAUAACGGAAAACCGAAUAAUCGUAAUAAAAAUGAUGGUCAUUUCAA